GAGCCAUUCUCUGCAUUCGUAUUAAUGAAUUGAGUGAGUUAACAACGUUUUGAAAUUAAUUUCGCAUUUCGGUGAAAAAUUAUUGAGGAAAAUACAUCCAAUAAAAAUAACAAUUGCAAAAUUGUUAACAAUAACGGAAAUCUGUCGAAAGUUACACAUUUUCACAACGUUUUCAGCAGUGAAAAAGCGGGAAGACGCGGAGCUAUUCACGGCCUUGUGAAGUUCGACAGCGAAGUUAGACUUUUCUGUGGCGGAAAAGCAUUCAGUAAAAUAUUUAUUCAAAUGAGCUAAUCUUAUACAACAAAGUAACACGUUUGAAAAAGCAAAAAGGUGUACGAAAAACAAUUAAAAAAACUUACCUGCUAUUGAAAAUUUCUUGUUAACGCCCCUCUUCGACGCGGAGGUGGUUCAGUUGGUCGAUACGAAGAAUAUCGUGCUGCCAUUUCUAUUUCACAUUGUAGUGAAAAAAGUCGGGUCGGUUAUCUGGUAGGAAAGUAGAGACGAAACAUUUUUCAUGAACUUGAAAUUUGCGAUGAAACAGAAAAUUUGUUGCAACAUUGCAUUCAACAACAUGCGAAAUUACAACAACAUGCGAAGCAUUACUCAUUGAAAUUUACUGAAGCUGAGCAAGAAUCGAAACGUAUAAGGCAUCCGGCAACACCAUACUGUUGGCAUUCCAAUCUUCUUCUUAUUAACGCUUAAAAUUGAAAAGUGAUUGCAUGGACAAAUGAAUUUGCAUUUAAUUUUAAUAGAUAUAAUUAGAAUAUUAGCAUAAGAAUCGGUAAAAACACGAGUGUGAGUGUAUAUUUGGUGAAUUUUAGUGAAAUGUUAAAAAAUAUAGAGUGUAAUGUGGCAAAUUAUAGUGAAGUUCCCGAGGGCAUUUUGAAUGUAAAUAAUUAAAAAAUCAUUAUUUCCCGAAUAAUUUAAAGUUAUAAAGAGUGUUCCUUAACACCUCACUAAUAUCUCCACCAAGUUUCAUUAAAAAAAACGUUAUAGUUUGCCAGAAAUUCCAAAAUAUACAUUGUUCUAAAUUCCAGCCAAUUUUACCCCAUCCAAAUUAAUUGGAUUUCAAACCCCAAAGCCUAUCAAUCUUGGAAAAUAAAUUAAAAAUUAAACAAACACUCUUGGACAACAACAUUAAACAAGUUUAUGUACGAGAGGUGCCUUUUAUAUUUCGGGAGGUGGCAACCCUGGUGUUGCAAUUUGGCAACUGACAGCUGUAUCUCAAAGUUUGACAUUUUUUGGCUUUUACGUACUCAGAACGUUUUGAAAUACCAGCGCUAUUUGUGUUGUUUACAGUAACUUAAAAGAUUCAUCUCGGUCCAAAAAUGGAAUCAAAUCGUGAACAUUUUCGUGCGAUUACUUAUUACAACUUUCGACGUGGAUUAACUCAGCAACAGUGCAUGGAUGAACUUGAUUCAUUGUUUGGCGAUGAAGCUCCAUCAAGGACCAGUGUUGGUCGAUGGUAUAGUGAAUCCAAUCGUACACAAAAAAAUAAUCAGAAAAAAAAUGGCAAAAAUUAACAACAAAAAGUGUUUAAAAGUGAGCGUUAGUGAAAAAUAUCCUAAAUACAAAAAUUGACUACGAAAUUUAUCAAUUUAUCUUUAAAAUUUCAUAAAUUACCUAAACAAAUUUAUAAGAGUAGCGCAAAAAGUAUUGUGAAAGCAGAGCGCCAAAAUACCUCGUGCUGUUCUGUCAAUCUACCCAAAGAGUCAACUCGAAUCUUUUGUAGCUGUUAGUUCAUCAUUGUUCACGCUUUGUGCUUCUCCUCCUUGGUGGAAACAAGCGAAGAAGCAUCGAAAAACGUGCGCACCAGUACCAUUAAAAAAGAUAUACAAGAGUAUAUACAGUUGCAACAACAAGAAGCAGCACACAGCAUAGAAAAGCCAGGUGCAAUAGCCGAUAGUAAGUUGGCUGCAUUGCUGUCGUCUGAUCCGGCAUUUGAAUUUACAUCCGUAUUCGUGUUAACGUCUAAGGAUAAAGAGCAGUGACUUGUGCAAAUACGACGGGUACAUCAAUCAACCGGUAGUGCAAUUUCCACAUUCUCUACGACGGCGUCUUUGUGCUCAUUCAAAAUUUCUGCUACCUCGCCUAAAUCUAAACGUAAGACGUCUAAUAAAGACAAGAAGAUGUCGCGCCGCAACAAGAAGGGAGGCAAAGAUAUGGAGUUUUUGUUCAGCGAAGAAAGUACUGGCAUUGAGGCUCAGCAGCCAGUUGGCGACAAGGCAGUUGAGGAAUUGUUAAAAACGGUUUUAGCAAACCAAGCAAAAAUAUUGGAAAACCAGAAAAUAGUUAUGGACCAAUUCUUUCAUUUCGGCAAGCGACUAAAUAAUUUAGAAAACAUAUUUAAUGAAAAUAAAAUCGAAGCCAGUGAGCAUCGCUCUGUUUGUAAAAUGAUUGGAGAAGAAGUGGAUGAAAUUCAAACGGAAAUAUCGUUGACAUUACCAUUGCAAACGGUAGCUGCAGCUAAAGAAUUUGAAACAAAGCUGCUGCAACAACAAUAUCUUGAGGCAAUGAAAAGUUUUCUUUUGAAAAUUAAGGGUCCUGAAACGACUGUUGACGAUUUGCUUCGUCAAAUUUAUAGUGAUGAAAUGUUGUGGCUUUGCAACUGGGAUGGUAGGGGUAACAAGGAAGCAUUGUCCCAAUAUUCUAUUGUUUCGGACAUACUUUAUGAUAUGUUUCAGCUAUGCGCUCAAACUUACGAGAAGAACAUUCGUAAGUCCAUUGAGCUUAGUCACCACCGUCUUAAGCAGCGAGAUUAUCGGCAGCGGCAUAAAAAUAAAAAAUAAUAUUUAACACUUACUAUAUAUAAAAAAGUUAUAUGUAAAUAAAUUAUUAAUAAUAAUUAAAAAAAAAAUUUAAUUACUAAUCAAUGCAUGUAUUUACCUUUUGCUUUCGAAUAAUAACGUUUAUACUAUUUUCACACGAAUUUUGCCUUAAUAUAAUUUUUUAAAUAUAAUUAUAAUAUAUAUAAAGAAGUAGGUAUACUAAUAACUAGUAAAUAAAUAAAUUACU